AUGUUUUCUGUAUACAGAUUCGACCAAGGCAAAUCAACAAAAGGCGCAAGCAAAUUAAGGCGGGACCUUAUCAACGCAGAAAUAGCGAAUCUUCGAGAUCUCCUGCCGCUGCCACCCUCUACCAGGCAGAGAUUGUCGCAACUUCAACUAAUGGCGCUUGUCUGUGUAUAUGUCAGAAAAUCCAACUACUUUCAACAAGUAUUCAAACGCUUUGACAUCAAUCAACAGUCAUCAACGGCGCCUAAUUUUGGAUUUUCCAAGGCACUCAACGGGUUUCUAAUGAUGAUGACACAAAAUGGGAAACUGUUGUACAUAUCAGACAACGCUGCUGAAUAUCUUGGACAUUCUAUGGAGGACCUACUAAUACACGGGGACAGUGUUUACGAUGUGAUCGACAAACAAGAUCAACAAUCAGUCCGGACGGAGCUCUCCAGGACUCCAACGGAUGGUGAGGACAGGGUGUUCCUCUGUCGGAUGAAUGUGGCACGAAAUGCAAGAAGACAGAUGCGGUUCGGUGACCAAAAAGUGGUGUUAGUUCGAGGUCAUUACGUAUCGUACCUGCCGCUGUGCAGCCGCAACGAGCCCGUGUUCCUGGCGGUGUGCACGCCGCUGGCGAUGCCGGAGACGCGCGAGUGCGUCGUGCACGGCGCCACCAACGUCUUCACCACCGUGCACGCCAUGGACAUGAAGAUACUGCACAUAGACACCAAUAGUGAAUGGCACCUGGGCUGGGAGCGUAGUUCACUGCAUGGAGUCAGCUGGUACCAUCUUCUCCACCCUGACUGCUGCAAAGAAGCACAGAGCAAGCACCGACUAAUAACCCAAUCGGAACAAGAGCGGUCGUGUAUCGCACUUCUCCGGCUUCAGCGGCGUUCGGGACAGUUCCUCUGGGUCCAUGCUGUUCUCCAACUCAAGGAUAAUCUAGAAAAUUCACAGCGGCCUGUUAUUGUCUGUACCAACCAGGUAUUGAGUGAACAAGAAGCAACCGUCAUGAAAGCCAAUCCCUGGCUCUACCACUAUUACGCUGUACAGUCCAAGUUGCAUUACGGUCUGGCCUACGAAGCAGCAACGAGGAUGUAUGGCCCUCCACCACCAGACAUCCAGGUCUAUCCUCCAACCAUGCAAUAUGCACCAACACCGCCGGUCUGUAUCAAUGGCAACCAACCCGUCAUGAUGCCCAACGCAGGGCUGCAGCCGCAUAUACCACACGUUCCACAUUUGACUCCUAUGCACUAUGCAUAUGAAAGAGCAGAAAAUGGACCUGUGGAUUACUCUGUAUCGCUUCAAGAUAAUAGGUACCACAAUAUACGUAUAGAAGAUACGAGGAUCCAAUCUAACGCCAAACGGAAAACAAAGAGUCCUGACGAUAAACCAAACACACCCAUAUCCAACAUGUCUCCUAGAUGUACACCAUCCACAGUGACAUCUGGAGAUACAUUAGUUGCUGUAUCAGCAGGGUCUAUAGCCAGCAGGCGUCCAGGCUCUAAGAACUUCAAUAUUACAGAACCAGAAAUGGUUGAUCAAUGGAAUCCUAGUCCGACAUGGUCUGAAUCUGCUCUGCAGAAAGUACCAGACGUAUGUCAUCAAGAUCUAAGUCCUUAUGUAACUACGACACCUCCUACACCGUCUGGUACUCCUACAGCGUACGCGCAUAACUACAGUCAUACUUUUGUAUUCGACUGGUCACCUGAGCAAUAUGUUCCUCAUACUAACAAUAGAUGUAAUACUGUGACUACGGAAAGUUCCUAUCAGCAAUGGAAUAGAGGUCAAAGGACAUUUGCGAACGCCGACGGAUCCGUAGAUGAAAAUUGUAAUCCUAAUAGGUUAAGCUUACCUCUGAGGACUAGUAACCCACCGCCUGCGUAUAACGCCAGCAGGGAGGGAGAUAUUCUUAGAAGACCAAUUGAUCGUCCACAUCCAGAUUCUCCGGAGGCCAAAAAGCCAGCAUUAUAACUAUUUCAUAAUUAUGUAUAAUUUCCUUUCAAAUAGUUGAAUAUAAUAAUUUGUUACCCUAUUUUAAUAAUUUUAUGUUAGUACUUACUGUAGAAAAAGCUCUGGAACUCUCCUGUGAUCUUCGUGUCGAUAAGUUUUGUAAAAUAGGUAGGUAGUUUGUAUAUUUUUAUUCUUUUAUAAACGAAAUAAGUGUACAAAUUGUUGGAUUUUAGAUAUCUUACCUAAUUAUUAUAGUUAUUUAUCACAUAGAAUGUGAUUUGUGUAUACGGAAUAGAAUAAAUACUACAGUU